GGCGCGGCCAAGCAGGCGGCUGAGGAGAAACCCAGCAGCUGCGGCGGCAAGGACGAGGAGGUCCGCCUGGCCCUCCUCCGCCACUUUGGCCCCAGGGAAGGCUGGUCGGCGGCCCUGGUCCAGGACUUCGGGGCCUUGGUGCCCGAGGCCGACGUGCCGCCGCCUGCGAAGCCCUUGGCCGAGCUGUCGCUCCAGGCCCUCCUGGCCAGGGAGGCGAAGGUCAAGGACCAGGUCGGCCGUGCGGAGGCCAUGCUGGCGGCCGUCAAGGAGGAGCAGGAGGCCGUCGCGGCCCGCGUGGCGGAGCAGGAGGGCGUCCUCCAGAAGCGCCGCGACCAGCUGGAGGAGGUGGCCGAGGCGGUGCGCGCCAGGAAGCGCGCCGACCUGGCGCAGCACGCAGCGCCGUCGCCCAUGGAGGUGGGCGAGCCUGAGGAGACGGGCGACCUGGGCAAGGCGCUGCUCAAGCGCCUCGAGGGCCUCGAAGCGGAGCGGGAGCGGGUGCUACUGCUCGGGAAGGAGGGCGGCGCCUUGCUCGCGAUGGCCGCGGAGGCCCGCUGCCUCGUGGAGAAGCUCGCCGCCGCCGACGCCCGUGCCCGCGAGGCAGCGGCGGCUGAGCGGGCCCGCGCGGCUGCUGCUGGCCCCGAGCUCGACGGGCUCGAUGCCGUGUUCGACGAGGCGGCGGACGCGGUGGAGCUGGUGUCGGCCAACACCACCGCGUGGGGCUCGGCGCAGUCGCUGGUCGAGUGGCUGCACGACGGCGAGGGGCGGCUGCCUAAGGUGCUCUGCCUCCAGGAGCGCCGCCUCGAGGGCAAGCAGGCAGCGCUGGCGACGGGCCCUGGGCCGUUGGAGAGCUCGGGAGGUUUGGCUGUGGCCGCGCUGCGGCCGUCGGCGGCCGCCGCUGCGCCAGGGCUCCCAGCCCAUCGGUUCCAGGUGUGCGAGGUGAACCUGGGAUUCAGGGGGCCGUGCCGUGCCAUCUCGUCCUACUUCAUCACGAAGAUAGGCAGGGCGAAGGAGAACAUCGGGCUCCUGGCCGCGCUGCACGAGUGCGUGGGGCAGCUGGAGUCGCCGUGGAUUGUGAUGGGCGACUGGAACAUGGAGCCUGAGGACGUCCGUGAGUGGGCGCGCAGCGUGGGCGCUGCGCUCGUCGCCCCAGGGAAGCCGACCUGCGGCUCGAAGGUCUUCGACUUCGCUGUCGUCAGCAAGGUCCUCACGGGCUUCGUGGAGACGGUGGAGGUGCUGCUGCAGGCGCCGACGAGGGGCCGCGUGCCGCUGAAGGUGGUGCUCCGUGGCGUAGGGCCAGCGGCGAGGGUGCAGCGGCCGCUUUGCCCUGCUGCUCUCCCGCUGCCGCUGCCACCGCCAGUAAGGCCAGCGCCACGUGAGCGUGCCUUCUCGGCCUGGAGUCCAGGCGGCGAGCAGUCGCUCAAGGUUGGCUGCCAGGAGUGGUUCGAGGUGGUGGAGGCCUACCUGAUCGACCUCCGCGAGAUCGUGCCGCCCAGCCGCUGGAAAGGGCGCGCAGGCGGGCUGCGCGCGCAGAGGGUCAAGAUGGAGGUGGCCUGGAAACAGGACCUCAAGAGGAGUGCCGGCGCUGCUUGCAGACGCUGGAUGUCGUUCGCGGCGGCGUGCUCCCGCUGGCGCGCGCUGCAGGAGGCGGCGCCAGGAGGUCGCUGCACGGCGCCGCUGCGCAAGCAGCGCCAGGUGCUGCAGGCGUUCGAGCUCGAGUGGCCAGAGGAAGGCCCGCUCGCAGGGCUGUCGGUCGCCCGCGUGGUGGGCCUGCUCAGCUCCUCAUCGUGCAAGCUGACGGUGCAGUUCGUCCAGGGGGAGGCGAGGCGGCGCUGGAUGCAGGACAAGCAGCAGAGGGCUGCUGAGUGGCGCUCCUGGGCCCAGGCUGCGGCCGCCGAGAGGGGCGGCUCGGCGGCCUGCCGCUUCAUCAAGCAGGUCACGGUGCUGCCCACGGUGGUGCACGCGGGCGCAGACGGUGACGACGGCCCGCGCAUGCUUGUAGCGGGCGAGGCCGCGGUGGCUGCGCCGCUGAAGGCGUGGCAGCCUCUCUGGAUCAAGCCGUCGCGCGCUGGCGAGGUGGCGCCCGAGGACUGGGGCAUCCAGGAGUCGGUGCUGCCGCCGCUGGAGCUCGAGGACCUGGGGCGGGUCCUGGGCACCUACCGCGAGGGGUGCGGCCUCGGGUGGGAUAGGCUCCACCCGAAGCAGCUGCUGCGCCUCCCGCGGUCUUACAGGCAGCGCUUCCUGGAGCUCCUCAUGGCCUGGGGGCGGGGGCCCACGCGGGAGGCGCUGUGGCAGCUGAUCGUGGUGUUCAUACCCAAGGCUACUGGAGGCCAGCGGCCGAUCGGCCUCGCGGCCAUCUGGUUGAGGGUCUGGAGCAGGAUGCGGCAGCCGCUGGUGGCCCGCUGGGAGGCCUCGUUGCAGAACCCCGCCUUCUGGGGCGCGUCGGAGUGCCCGUGCGAGCGCGCGGGGGUGGUGCGCAACCUCCUGGCGGCCUUUGCUCGCAGCAGGGGCCUCUCGGCGGCCACAGGAGUCACCGACCUGGCGAAGUUCUACGAGCGCGUCGGCCAUGAGGAGCUGCGCGUGCAGGCGGUCGCCGCGGGAUUCCCGCUCGCGCUGCUGCGGUGCUACUGCGUGUCGUACUGCACGCAGCGUCGCGUGUCGUGGUGCGGCUCGGUCUCCAAGCCGUUCGAGGCGAACGGCGCCAUUGUGGCGGGAUGCAGCGGGGCGGUCGGGCUGGCCAAGCUGCUGGUGCACACCCUCUUCGUGAAGAUUGUGCGCGAGAGCCCUGUGGUUCGCCUGCAGAACGUCGUCGGCGACGUGUUGCUGCAGGCGGUCGGCGGCGAGGCUCAGGUGGUGCAGCAGCUACCCAGGGCCAUGGCUGCCCUCAUAGAGGGCCUGGUCGCCAAGGGGCUGGUCAUCUCGGAGGCGAAGACGGGCUACCUGGUGAACAGCGAGGACCUGGGCGACGCGCUGGACGGCUGCUGGGCGCAUGGGCCGCUGGCCCGCUGGACAGGUGCCCGCUGCCUCGGAGGCGACGCCACCGACGGGCGCUGGAGGCGCGUGGGCGAGCAGGGCGCGCGGCUCGGCCGCGCGGCGGCGGUCAGUGCGCGGGCGCGCCUGCUGCGCAGUGCCGGUGCGCAGGUGGGCCACAUCCAGAGGGGGGGGCCCGCAGCCGCCGCCGUCUGGGGCUCCGCGGUGACGCGCCUCGCCUGCGGGAAGCUGCAUGGCCUGCGGGUCGCCGCCGUGCGCGCGGAGGGCAGGCUGCCCAUGGGGGCCAGCGUUGGCCUGCGGCUGCGGGCGCAGCACGGCGCCGCCUACCGCGACCCCUUCGUGGUGCACGCGGUGGAGGUGGCGCGCUCCUGGGGCAUGACGCUGGAGACGGGCCUGCCCAGCGCCGCGGUGGUGCAGGAGUGCUGGCUCGGGGCGCAAGGCCUGCUGGACCUUCGCCGCCCCUGGGGGCAGUGCCGCGACCCUGCACAGGCGCGUGCGCUGGCGCUGAGGCGGGUCGUCUGCGAGAUGGUGGCCUACAGUGCCGUCGUCGAUUGGCAGGCGCGGGUCUUCUCGUUAGAGUUCUACUCGCCAGGCAUGCUGGUGCAGGUGGUGCGCACGUCGGCGUUGCUGGCCUCGGAUGUGCUCGCGCUGCAGCGGCUGCGCGGGCCUGGCGCCUGGGCAUGGCCUGUGAACUGGAAGGGGCUGGAGCGCCUCCUUCACGCGAGCCGCCGCCCCGAGGAGCAGGCCUCCGCCGAGGCCGCCCAUGGCGCAGGCUGCCAGGGGCCCGCGCCGCCGCCGCCGCUUUGGCAGGCCCGCCACAGGCGUGCGCUCGUGGCGGUCCUCGGUGGCUCCCACUGGCCGCAGGAGCGCCUCUGGAAGGAGGGCGAGGCGCGCGACGGCCUCUGCCGCCUUUGUGGAGGUCGUGGCACGCUGCGGCACAGGGCCCUCGAGUGCGACGCCUGGCAGCCGCUGCGGCGGGGCGCGUGCUCGCCUGAGCUGCUGGAGGGGGCACGGCUGGUGGCGCAGCGCGGGGGCGCCGCGGCGGAGCUCUUCGCGCGUGCGCGCUGCCCCGGCCCUGCCCUAGCCUUCCCCGCGGCGGCAGACGCUGCGCUCGCGGCCCCGCGCUGGUUCGGCGCGCCGCCUGGCUCGAAGUUCGCGGGCAGGGUCUACGUGGGCGGCAGCGCCAGGUUCCCUGCGCUGCGAGGGGCCCGCCGCGCUGGCUGGGCGGUGGUGCAGAUCGGCCUCAGCGGGGAGGUCAUCGGCGGGAUGCACGGCAUCGCCCCGCGGAUGUACGGACCCGAGCAGGAGGCCAGGGACGGUGAGGAGUACGCGUUCCACAUGCUGGCCCAGUUCUGGCAGCCGUCGGACGACGGCUCGGGCCUCGAGGUCCUCUGCGACUGUGCGGGCACGGUCGGCCUGGCGCUCUCGCGGGGCAGGGCCCUCGCGCCGCUGCAGGCGCGCCGCCACCUGUGGCAGGAGUGGUGGGCAGGGCCUGGCCCGUCGGCCACAGUGCGCAAGGUCAAGGCGCACAAGGCGCUCGCUGCGGCGCCCUCCUGGGAGGAGGAGCUCAUGAUCAAAGGCAACAGGGCAGCUGACCUGUGGGCCAAGAGAGGCGCCGCCCUGUGGCCGAUCGACGCGGAGCUGGUCUGGUUCCUCCAGGCGUGCGCCUGGCGUGUGGAGGAGCUUGGGCGCUGGGUCGGCGAGCUGGCCGCCGCCGCGGUGGACCGCGAGAAGCUGGACUCCGACGGGGUGGUGGGCGCGGCCGACCUCGUCUAUGACGUCCCGCAGGCGGCGCUGGACGCGGCGGAGCUGGCCGACGCGGAGGUGGCUGCGUCGGCGCUCGAGGCCGAGCUCGAGCACGGCCAGGCGCCUGCUGCUGCUGCUGCUGCUGCUGCUGGGGCCGCUGCGGGCGCGGAGCUCGGCCAGCCGCCCGCCGCCGCCGCAGGGGCCGCCGCCGUCGAGCUCGUGGAUGCAGCUGCGGCUGCCCCCGGGCUGCAGGCAGCUGUGGCUGGGGCAGGCGUGGCGCGGGAGGUGCGCGGGCACUGCGUCGUCUUCUCGCGCCUUGAGAACGGUGACGGGGCCAUGGCCUGGUGCCUGAAGUGCGGCUGCCGCUUCUGGAAGAGGCCCCCUCCUGCAGGGACUGGCCUGCUGGGCAGCUGCGGGGGGCGGCCCGCCCCUGGCGAGCGGGCGGCGGAGGCGAGGCGGCUCCUGAUGCGCCUGCAGGAGCCGAAGAGCAAGGCUCGGCUCCUGGCCCCGCAGGCGCCCACGGAGGAGGAGCAGGCGCGGCUCGCGGCGGUGCUCCACGGCGGCGCUGGCGCGGCGGGCGGCGCUGGGGCCCCCGCUGGGGCUGGGCGGCCGCCGCGCUGGGGGCUGCGGCCCGCCGUGGCGGACGCCUGGCAGGCGGCCGCGCUCCGCGGCUUCGCCUCGCCCGCCGCCGCGGCACGCUGGGCGCGGGCGCGCGUGGCGGCAGGCUGGGAGUCGCCCUUCGGCGACGGCGGCGCGGCGUAA